GUUCAAACUCAGAAUGAAGACACUCACCACCUUGCUGGCGUUGGUGUCAGCCGUGCAGGCCCACUACACCUUCCCGGCCUUCGUAGCCGACGGUGCCGCCACAGGGAAAUGGCAAUACGUCCGCAAAACAACCAACUUCCAAUCCAAUGGCCCCGUGACCGACGUCUCGUCCUCCCAAAUCCGGUGCUACCAACUGGCUGCGGGCAGCGAAGGCGCCCAAACCAUGUCGGUCGCCGCUGGGUCCACCGUGGGCUUCACAGCCGAUGCCUCUGUCUCACACCCAGGCACGCUGCAGUUCUAUAUGGCCAAGGUGCCCGCGGGCCAGACGGCGGCCGACUGGGACGGCGAUGGCGCCGUCUGGUUCAAGAUCUUCUCGCAGGGGCCUAAUAUUGCGGCGGGGGGACUGACUUGGCCCAGCCAGGGCGCGAAGCAGGUCACAGCUAAGAUUCCGCAGUGUUUGGCUCCUGGGGAUUAUCUGUUGAGGGUGGAGCAUAUUGCGUUGCAUUCGGCUAGUGCGCCCGGGGGUGCCCAGUUUUAUAUCUCAUGCGCGCAACUUACUGUUACUGGGAGUGGAACCAAGACAUUCUCAGGUGUCUCUUUCCCUGGAGCUUACAGCGCUACGGACCCCGGCAUUAUGUUGAAUAUAUACUACCCUGUUCCUACGUCGUAUACUGCCCCUGGGCCCGCGGUUGUCACUUGCUAG